AUGGCCCCUAAACACAAGCCACCUACUUCAUCUGGUGCUCAGCCGAAGAAACAGCGAUCUGUUCCAACGCUGGAGGAAAAACUGGCUGUGUUGGACUUACUGAGAGACGGUAUGUCCAUCGCCAAUGUGGCACGUAAAUAUGGCCGCAACGAAUCUAGCACCCGUGCCAUCAAGAUUCGAGAGAGAGAAAUUCGUCAAGCCGUGGCAUCAAGAAACGUGCAGACUACUGCUGAAGCUGCAUCUGGCAAUGAGGAGGCAGCAAAAGCUUACCCCGAACAAUUAAAGAAAAUCAUAGAGGAAAGGGGCUAUCUUCCAGAACAAGUUUUUAAUGCUGAUGAGACUGGGCUCUUCUGGAAAAAAAUGCCCACCUGCACUUACGUUUCGAAAUCAGAAAGACAAGCCCCUGGCUUCAAAGCAGCUAAAGACUGUGUGACUGUGUUGUUUUGUGGCAAUGCGGCUGGGCAUUUAAUAAAGCCAGGCUUGCUCUACAGGGCUGCAAAUCCCCGUGCCCUAAAAGGCAAGAACAAAAAUCUCCUGCCUGUGUUCUGGCAAUCAAAUAAAAAGGCUUGGGUGACAGCAGCAUUAUUUCUGGACUGGUUCCACAAGUGUUUCAUUCUGGAGGUCAAGCAGUACCUUGAAGAGAAAGGACUUGACUUUAAAGUGUUGCUGAUCCUAGACAAUGCUCCUGGCCACCCUGUGGCACUCCGGUUUGCACAUAAUGACGUUGAAGUCAUCUUUCUCCCCCCCAAUACCACCUCCAUCCUCCAACCGCUCGACCAAGGUGUCAUUAGCUGUUUCAAGGCCACGUACACGAGGCUUACAUUCUCACGGAUCCUUACCGCUAUGGAUGCUGAUCCCAAUGUUAAUGUGAUGGAGUGUUGGAAGUCCUUCAGCAUUGCUGAUUGCAUCACUUAUAUUAAACAGGCAAUGGAUGCAGUCAAGCCUGAAACAGUCAAUGCAUGUUGGCGAAACCUAUGGGAAGACUGUUUGAAUGAUUUUAAGGGUUUCCCGACCAUUGACAAAGAAGUGAAACUCAUUGUUCAGGUGGCCAGGCAAGUGGGUGGUGAUGGCUUCAUUGACAUCCUCGAGGAAGAAAUUGAGGAAUUAAUUGAGGGCCAUAGAGAAACAUUGACUAACAAAGACCUCAAAAUCACACGUAGUAUUAUGGAUGAUUUGAGACUGUACCAAGAAAUGUUUGAGGAGCUCAAGAGACAACAGCGACAGUUGCCAAUCACCAUGUUUUUAAAGAAAAAACAACCAGCAGCAGCAGAGCCUACACAAUCAACUUCUCGAGCUGAACCAGAGCUCACCACUUCGUCUACGACUUGCUCUCCAUCACCCAAGCCUGGCCCAUCGUCUCCUGGUUCGACAUCAAGCCCUGACGACUCAAUGAUAGUGUCGUCAGGGGAAGAGGAAGCCUAA